UGUUAACCUCUGUGUACACAUGCUGUGUGAGUGGCUGUCACGUGAUCUUUUUUUUCCGGCUUCUCAGCCAAUCACAGACUUGAAUUCCAAUGAGCCCAACCUGAUCUCUCCCCUCCCCCUGACUAUAUGGCUAUGUCACCCUCUCUCGUCCUCUCCCUUCCGUGCUCCUUGCCUCCUUGUGCGUUUCAGUUUUCCCAAUGCAGCGUCUCUAACUACUGAUAGAAAUUCACUGAAGGCUACAGAAAGUACAGAGUAGGAAGUGGUUGGGGGAAAUCCACAGAGGUGUGGAGGGGAUGGAAAAGCACCGCAGUUCAAUGUGCAAAAACCCUCACGAGCUUUACUACACUAAAAUGCAAAGCAGAGAAAAGCUAAAGAGGGAGAAGAUGGACGUGCAGAAUCAGUGUAAGAAGAGACUGAGGGUGUGUGUGGCGACAUGCAACAGAGCAGACUACUCAAAGCUGGCCCCCAUUAUGUUUGGAAUCAAAUCCCACCCUGAUGACUUUGACCUGGAUGUAGUUGUGCUUGGGUCGCAUCUCAUUGACGACUACGGGAACACUUUUCGUAUGAUUGAGCAGGAUGACUUUGACAUCAGUUCCAAACUGCACACAAUUGUGAGAGGAGAAGAUGAGGCAGCCAUGGUAGAGAGUGUUGGGCUGGCGCUGGUCAAACUUCCAGAUGUCCUACAGAGACUCCGGCCGGACAUCCUCAUUGUCCAUGGUGAUCGUUUCGAUGCACUGGCUCUAGCAACUUCCGCAGCGUUAAUGAACAUUAGAAUACUUCAUCUGGAGGGCGGAGAGGUAAGCGGCACAAUUGACGACUCCAUCCGCCACGCCAUCAGUAAACUGGCCCACUUCCAUGCUUGCUGCACACGAAGGGCAGAGCAGCACCUCAUCUCCAUGUGUGAAGACCACUCUCGUAUCUUGCUGGCCGGCUGCCCCUCCUACGAUAAGCUGCUGUCUCCUCAUUACCGAGAAGACUAUAUGGGUAUCAUUAAGAGCUGGUUGGGCGAUAAAGUGCAGGACCAUGACUACGUUGUGGCUUUGCAGCACCCAGUCACCACUGAUAUUCAGCACUCCAUUAAGAUCUACGGCCUCAUGUUGGAUGCACUGGUCUCCUUCAACAAAAAGACCCUCAUCCUUUUCCCCAACAUUGAUGCUGGAAGUAAGGAGAUGGUGCGUGUAAUGAGAAAAAAGGGCAUCGAGCAGCAUCCCAACUUCCGGGCAGUGAAGCACAUUCCGUUUGAGCAAUUCAUUCAGCUGGUCUGCCAUGCCGGCUGCAUGAUUGGAAACAGCAGCUGCGGCGUACGAGAGGCAGGGGCCUUUGGCACUCCGGUCAUCAACCUGGGAACAAGGCAAACGGGCAGAGAAACAGGUGAAAACGUUCUUCAUGUGAGAGAUGCCGAUACACAUAAUAAGAUCUACCAUGCUCUCCAGCUGCAGUUUGGAAAGAGAUAUCCCUGUUCUAAAAUCUAUGGGGAUGGAAACGCUGUCCCUCGCAUUAUCAAGUUCCUCCGAUCCAUUGACCUGAACGAGCCCCUUCAGAAGACUUUCUGCUUUCCCCCUGUCAAAGAUUGCAUUUCCCAGGACAUUGACCACAUCCUGGAGACACAAAGUGCUUUAGCUGUGGACCUCGGAGGUACCAACCUCAGAGUGGCAAUCAUCUGCUCCAGGGGUACCAUUGUGAAGAAAUACACUCAGCCUAAUCCAAAGACCUAUGAGGCCAGGAUGCAGCUCAUAUUAAAAAUGUGUGCAAAUGCCACGCAAGAUGCAGUCUCUCUCAACUGCAGGGUACUUGGUGUUGGAGUGUCCACAGGCGGGCGUGUAAACCCACAAGAAGGUGUGGUGUUGGAUUCAACAAAGCUGAUCCAGGAGUGGACUUCUGUAGACUUAAGAACACCCAUCUCUGAUGCCUUGCACCUCCCUGUCUGGGUUGACAAUGACGGCAACUGUGCCGCAUUGGCAGAGAGGAAAUUUGGUCAUGGUAAAGGAGUGGAGAACUUUGUCACUGUCAUCACAGGAACUGGUAUUGGAGGAGGGAUCAUCCAACACAAUGAGCUGGUCCAUGGCAGCACUUUCUGUGGCGCAGAGUUGGGUCACAUCAUGGUUUCGUUAGAAGGUCCGGAGUGCUCAUGUGGAAGUCGAGGAUGCAUCGAAGCUUACGCUUCUGGCCUGGCCCUGCAGAGAGAAGCCAAAAAACUGAUAGAUGAUGAACUGCUGAAUAUGGAGGGGUUGGAUAUGAAGCGCUCCGAGCCCAUCACCGCCGCUCACCUCAUCAAUGCAGCCAGACUAGGGAACACCAAAGCUGAAGCUGUUCUCAACAAGGCCUCCACAGCACUGGGGAUUGGCAUCAUCAACAUCCUGCACACAAUCAAUCCCUCACUGGUAAUCCUAUCUGGUGUGCUGGCGUCAUUCUACCAAGACCCUGUGAAGCGCAUUAUUUCUAGUAGAGCCCUUUUACCUGCACAGAGCACCAAGGUGGUCACAUCAGACUUGGAAGAACCCGCUUUGCUGGGAGCAGCAAGCAUGGUAUUAGACUAUGCUACAAGAAGGAUUUAUUAAAGGAUAAAUACAGUCCUUGCCUCUAGAUUCACAAAGGGCCCAUGUCAUUAAGAAGAAGACCGAUGAUUAACUUGAUUGUCGUACAUACUCACUCUCCGUUUUGAUAUAGAAACUUUUUCUUUUCGCUUUUUCUUAUACACUAUAUUACCAAAAGUAUUUGCUCACCCAUCCAAAUGAUCAGAAUCAGGUAUCCUAAUGACUUGGCCUAGCCAUAGGUGUAUAAAAUCAAGCACCUAGGCAUGCAGACUGUUUCUACAAACAUUUGUGAAAGAAUUGGCCGCUCUCAGGAACUGUCACCGGAUGCCACCUGUGCAACAAAUCCAGAUGUGAAAUUUCCUCACUCCUAAAUAUUCCACAGUCAACUGUCAGCUUUAAUAUAAGAAAUGGACAAGUUUGGGAACAACAGCAACAGGCCAUGUAAACUGAUAAAGGGGGGUCAGAGGAUGCUGAGGCGCAUCGUGCAAAGAGGUCGCCGACUUCCUGCACAGUCAAUUGCUACAGAGCUCCAACCCUCAUGUGGCCUUCAGAUUAGCCCAAGUACAGCACACAGAGAGCUUCAUGGAAUGGGUUUCCAUGGCCGAGCAGCUGCAUCACCAAGGCAAUGCAAAGCACCGGAUGUUGUAACAAAGGGCUGCAUAUAAUAGCUGCAAAAGGUGGACCGACAUCAUAUCGAACCCUAUGGGUUAGGAAUGGGAUGGCACUUAAAUUCAUAUGAGAGUCACGGCAGGUGAGCAAAUACUUUUUGGUGUUCACAUGAAUACAAUUCCUCAGCCAAAUGGGCAGAUUCCAGCAGGGAAUAGGGAGUCAUGUCAUGUGUCAAGUGGGUCCAUUGUGCAGUCCAUAAUGUUCUUAUGUUGUCCUUGAAGAGAAAUGGCAGAUGUUUGAUUUAGAUAAACAUUUUCUGUCCUUCAUGUGAUGGGGGGAGGGGGGGUGAAAGCUUGCUUUGCUUUUGACCAAAAAUGUUUCCAAAGACUGCUCUUUAUUUUCUGUAUAGCUUAUUUUUUAAACAGUUCUACAAGUUUUGUUUAUCCCUUACUGUGAUAAGGGUGAGUGUCAUUAUAUCAAAUUGUAUUUGCAUGUUUUCUUCAAUCAUUAUUUAGGAUUUGGAGAAGAAAUAUUGAUGUUUAAGUUGGUAGCCUAAAAAAGGAUUUAGUGGUAAUGAAUGUAACAAAGUAAUAUAAUUAUUAAAUUAUAGCCUGAACACUGACUGAAACAUGUUACAGCUUUUGCUGCUAUAAUGAAGGCGUGUAUGCAGCUAUAUUCAUUGUAUGUAUCAUAGUUAAAAUAUACUUCCACAAAUGUUAGUGAUUUAUAAUUGAACAAAGGAAUACAUGAUGAAUGGGUCACAUUUAAAGCACCGUUCUACCUUCAACGUUGUUUACCGCUUAUUGACUCUUGGUGGGUCAAAGAGUGACUGAAGGAUACUACAGGAGGAAUAAGCACAUAACAGGAGUCCUCGCCUCCCCCAACUGUUUUGCAGCCAUUUUACCACCCACCACCCGUGCCAUGUCCUAUUUUAUAUGAUCUAAACAAUGACUUUUGAGUUUAAUAAAACUUAACAUAUUUGA